AUGAAUAACCCAGAAAAUAAGCUAGAAUUAACCUUAAAAAUAAAAAUCCACAAACUCAGAGAAAUUAUUGAAAAUUUAGCCGACCUGGAACAAAAAGAAAGCAAUCAACAAGCCGGGAAUAUGGCUUACCUUUUAAAAAUGAUAACCGACACAUUCGAAGAUGCACUGAAACAAACCUUACUUUCUUCUGAAAGUGGUGUUGGUAUAAGUGCUAAAUCCGUAGGAAUAGUUUUAGAGAGAAUGAUCGAAGCAUUAAUAAUUUUUACGGUUGAUCAGGCUCGUUGGCAAGUUUAUUACCAAAUAGGAAUAGUUGCUUAUCAAAAAGCUUUGGAAAUUCCUCCUAAUGGAGAAAUAAUUUUUGCAUUUACAGAAUCAGACCUAAUUAAUCAUGCAUAA